AGGAGCGUAGGCUUUUUGAGCGGGAGCAUAGGCCUGGUGAGCGGGAGCAUAGGUCUGGUGAGCGGGAGCAUAGGCCUGGUGAGCGGGAGCAUAGGCCUGGUGAGCGGGAGCAUAGGCCUGGUGAGCGGGAGCAUAGGUCUUUUGAGUGGGAGCGUAGGCCUUGCGAGUGGGAGCGUAGGCCUUGUGAGCAGCAUCGUAGACCUUGUGAGCAGGAGCGUAGGCCUGGCGAAGGGGGAGAACACUCCAUGAUGGCGCCUGAGCACACCCACUUGUCACCAGACGAGUCAGACAAGACCAAUGGUCACCCGCACAGCUGGCAAACCCAACCUCAGCAGGAAACGGAGGUGCAGCAGGCAGCAGAGGUGCAGCAGGGAGAGGAGGUGCAGCAGUCAGCAGAGGUGCAGCAGUCAGCAGAGGUGCAGCAGGGAGAGGAGGUGCAGCAGGCAUCUGUGCUAGAGAUGCAGGAGGCCAGCAGGCAGGCAGGCCCCCGGCCGCCCGAUGGUGGAUGGGGCUGGAUGGUUGCCGGAGGAGCCUUCCUUAUUACGCUGGUGGUGCCCAUGUUGUCGCCCAGCUUCGGGAUACUGUUCUCCCGCCAGCUGCUGGAGUGGCGCGCCUCCACGACAACCGUCGCCAUCAUCUACAGCGCCUUCAUGCUGGUGUGGAAGUUGUCGUCCGUCAUCGUGGCUUCUCUAGUGCGAGAGUUCGGCUUCCGGCGGGUGGCCAUGACGGGCACCUUGCUGACGUCUUCCUGUCUCACCAUCAGCGCCUUCGCCACCUCUCCUCAGCUCCUCUUUCUCUUCUUCUCCCUGGGCUGUGGUGCGGGAGCUGGGCUGUCGAGCACCGCCUUCCUCAACAUUGCUCAGUACUUCGACAAGCACCGAGGCAAGGCCAACUCCUUCAUCACGGCCGGUGUCGGUCUGGGCCAGUUCUUAGGUCCUCUCCUCAUCCAGUUCCUGCAAGACAAGUAUGGUCUCAAGGGCGCCACUAUGAUCCUCGGAGCCGUAGUACUCCACGGCUUUGUAGGCGCUACCUUGUACCAACCAGUCGAGUGGCACUUGAUAUACCCAGCCAGGGACACGCAUCCACCACACAACGAAGGUGUCUCCUUGCUUCUGCCAAAGCAAGCACAAUCUGAAGUCACAAAUUUAAAAGCGGCUUGUUCUAAUGGGUCACUUUCGAGGGCAGAAGAACAUCGGUGGUCAACAGAGGUAGCCCAGGAACAUUUACGGAGACACAACAAGUCAAAGGAAGUAUCCCACAAGAGAAGUAGGCAUGAGAGCCAGAGCUCUCACACGUCCAGGGCAUCUAGCAAAGCCUCAUCAUACAGCCAAUCUGACCUAGACCUGGCUAGCCUGGCCUCCCUAGGCUCCUUAACUAUGCUACCCGACCGGGACUCUCUAAACACCGACGUGAAAACCACCUCAUUACCCGAGGAAAACAGUCCGAGUCGUUUGUACAAACUAUACAUUACUAUAAGAAGAGUAGUUCGUUCCAUUAUAAAGGACAUCAGCAUUUUAAGACAUCCUUCCGCCUUGAUAGUAGCCUUGGGAACAAUGCUCAUUGUCGGGGGCCACUCGAACUUCAUUGCGUUGGUUCCAUUCGCCAUACAAGCAGCUGGAUACUCUCUGCAGACAGCUGCUUGGUGUCUCUCUGUGGCGGGCGCGUGCAGCUUCCUCACCAGGAUGACCGUGUCCUUCCUCUCUGACUUCUCCUGGUUCAACAUGAAACUCUGCUACAUGACUGGCAUGGCUACCAUGGGCACCACUGUCAUUGUGUUCACGUUGCAGGGAAGUGUAGUGGGACAGGAGGUGGUGAUGGGAGUGUUGGGGUGUGCAGUGGGCUCAUGCUACGGCCUGUGCAACCUGCUCAUGAGCAAGGUGGUGGGCGCCCGCAACAUCGCUGCCACCUUCGCCGCCAGGAACUUCAUGGUGGCGCUCGGCUUCUUCACCAUUGGACCCUUAAUUGGUGUGAUCCGUGACAGCAGCGGGAGCUACUCCGUGACCAUGUGGGUGUUGGCAGCAAUGAUGUACACGGCCUUCGUCCUGUGGCUCCUGAUGCCCGCUGCCCAGGCCUACGACCUCCGCUGGUUCUCCCAGGCCUACGACCUGCCCAGGCCUACGACCUCCCCAGGCCUACGACCUCCGCUGGUACUCCCAGGACGCUGAGACACACCGCCUCUCUCACCUCUCCUCACUCCUUUCAGAGACACACUGCCCCCUCUCACGUCUCCUAGCUCACUCCUACCUGAGACACACCGCACCCUCUCCUCACUCCUACCUGAGAGACUGCAGCUCCUGGUGGUAGAGUUACCUCAACAACACAACAGACUACACAAGACUCAUGCGUAGGAGUUCCUCUUGAUAGUCAAUCAAACUCACUCAUAUAUAUAUAUAUAUAUAUAUAUAUAUAUAUAUAUAUAUAUAUAUAUAUAUAUAUAUAUAUAU